AUGACUGCUCUGCAGGCGGCCACUGCUCGGCUUGCCCGGCUGGUGGCUGCCAUUCCGGCAGCAGUCUGGCGGCUGCUGGUGGCUCCAUCGGCGGCGGCGCGCAUAGUGGCGGCAGCGCGGACGGCGCUUCCGCUACUGCCAUGGGUGCUGACCGCGGCAGGUGCUGUGCUGGUGGCGGUGGUGGCGGCCGCGCGGGCGGCGGUGGCAAGGGCAAGGGCCGAGCGCGCAGAGGCUGAUCUCCGCGCCCGCUCGCUCCAGCUGCUGGCAGCCAAACACGCGGCGGCAGCAGCGCUGAUGGAAGCAGACGCCGCCCAUGAUGGCAUCCGCAGGCUCGGCCAUCGCGUCCUGGCUCUAAUCGUCGCCCUUGCGCCAUCCCGUGCCGCCGACGGCGCCCUGGCUCCGCUGCGCACUGCGCUCCGCGAGCCGGACUCACCCUUUCGCGGCGCAAGCGUCGCGCUCGUCCCGGCUGUGCUGGCCGCCUGCGAUGCAAUUGCGCCUGCAACGUGA